GAGGUGCGCCGCAAGUACCGGCGGAAGCAGCUGGAGUGCCACCCCGACAAGGGCGGCGACCCCGAGGCCUUCCACGCGAUCCAGUGCGCCUACCGGGCCCUCUGCGGCCCAGCGGGGGCGCGCCCCGUGCCGCGCGCAGGCUGCGCGUUCCGCCCGCGGCGAGAGGCCCCAGGCCGAGAAGCGGCGCGG